CAAGUCCCGUUGGAUUUCAUUUCAUGAGAGAGAGAAACGAAAGAUGUCAUAAACACUGUAUUACACUGAGACAUUUCAGAUUACAUUACACAAACAAAACGUGAAAGUUCCAUAAAAAAUCAAACGCCAAAAACGCUCAUCGAACCUUCAAUUCAACUAAUCACUUUUCUACCAAAAUCGCUUCUCACUUACUCAACCUCCAUUCAUUUCACACAAACUUUCCUCUUCCACAUUACGCUAACUUAAUUCAUCAACAAACUUUUCAGAUUCUCCGCCACUUUCCAGAUUCUCUAUAAGUUGGCAUAGAAAUUUUAGCUGGGAAAAUGGAGGAUGAUAAGAAAAGAAGAAAAAACAAGAAGAAAAAGAACAAGCAAAACAAGAAUGUGGAUGCUGGGGUUGGAGAAACAGCUUCUAGGGUUCAGAAUCUGGUGAAUAAUGGUAAGGACAAGCAUGCUAGUUUUUCCGAGGCUGUAAAUUUGAUUGGUGAUGGAGAAACAGAUAGCAGUGAUCAAAAUUUGGUCAAUGAUGCUAAGGAUAAACCUGCUAGUCUUUCGGAGGUUUCGCCGAGUUCCAUUGGGGAUGGGGAAAUAGAUACCAGUGAUCAGAAUCUGGUCAAUGAUGCUACGGGUAGGCCUGCUAGUCUUUCUGAGGCUGCACCGCAUUCAAUUGGGGUUGCAGAGAUAGAUAUAGGCGAUCAAAAUCUGGCUAGUAAUGCAAAGAAUGGGCAUGCUAAUCUUUUAGAGGCUGUGGUAAACUUAAAUGGGGAUGGAGAAACUUCAAUAAGGGAUCCAAAUCUUGUGAAUAGUGGUAAGGAUGAGCCCUCUCAGCUUUUGGGGACAGCUGAUGAGCAAAGUGUGAGUGUGGAUUGGAAUGGAGAUGUGGAAGUUCCAAACAGAGAUCUGAAUCUGGUGAAAAGCAGAGAGGACGAGCCCGCUCAACCAUUGGACUCUGCAGAUGGGCAAAGUACUAAUAUGGACUCCAAUGGAUGUCUGCCAUAUGGUAAAGAAUGUGACAUAUCAGACGCAACAAUUAGAAAAUUAAAAGAAGAAAAUGCCGUGCUCAUUCAGAGAGAGACCAUAUCAGAAGAGACUAUUCAGAAAUUAAAAGACGAAAAUGAUAAACACAUUCGUAAAAAGACCAUAUCAGAAGACAUUAUCCAGAAAUUAAAAGACGAAAAUGAUAAACACAUUCGUAAAGAGGUCAUGUCAGAAGAGAGAAUCAGGAAGCUGAACGAAGAAAAUAAUAUGCACAUUAUGAAAGAGACCAUAUCUGAAGAGACAAUCCGGAAAUUGAAUGAACAAAAAGACAUGCUUGUGCAAAAGGAGGUUGAAUUAGAAGAGAAUAUCAGAAAAAUGAAAACAGAACUUGAUAUGCAUGUUACGAAAGAGGUUGAAUUAGAAGAGAAUAUCCGAAAAAUGAAAAAAGAACUUGAUAUGCAUGUUACGAAAGAGGUCAUAUUAGAAGAUACAAUUAGAAAAAUGAAUAAAGGAAAUGAUAUUCACAUGCAAGAAGAGACCGCUUCAAAAGAGACAAUAAGAAAAUUGAUUGAAGAAAAUAAAGGGCACACUCAGAAAGAGGCCUUAGCAGAGGAGACAAUUACAAUAUUGAAAGAAGAAAUUGAUAAACACAUUCAUAAGGAGGCUACCUUGGAUGAGAUUAUCAAUAAAUUAAAAACUGAAAAGGAAUUGCAGAAACAUACAGAGCAGACUGAUCUAGAGGUGAGAAUUACACAACUGCAGAAUGAGCAUAAUUCCUUACUUCAAAAAGAGGUUACCUUGGAAGAGCUUAUCAAUAAAUUAAAAACUGAAAAUGAAUUGCAAAAACAUACACAGACUGAUCUAGAGGUGAGAAUUGCACAAUUGCAGAAUGAGCAUAAUUCGUUGCUUCAAAAAGAGGCUGGGUUGGUGGAAAAAACAAAUCUGUUAGCGAGUGAAAAGGCUGGAUUGAUGGAAAAAACCAAUAUGUUACAGAUUGAAAAGGAUGUUUUCGAGCAGAAAGUAAUUAUUCUAGAGAGCAAGUUGAGUUCCCUUAGUGAGAAAGAGACUGGAUUGGUGGGAAGGACUAGUCUGUUACUGCGUGAGAAGGAGGGUUUAGAGCAAAAACUAAAUAUUCUGCAGAGCAAUUUGAGUUCCUUUAGUGAGAAAGAGAAUGGUCUGGAAGUGAAAAUAGCACAAUUGCAGAGUGAGAAUAAUUCCUUACUUCAAAAAGAGAUUGGAUUUAUUGAAAAAACCAAUCAGUUGCUGAAUGAAAAAACCAUUUUGAGCCUAAAAGUGGAAAGUUUAGAGCGAAAAAUAAAUCUUCUGGAGAGCGAUUUGAGUUUAUCUGUUCAGGAAGAGAAGUCAACUAAAGAAGUUAUUUUAAAUCUGAAAGAAAACACCAGCAUUCUACAAGUGCAGGUGGCAGAGUUGGAAGAGUCCAAGAACAAUCUUUUGCUAGAAAACCAGCAAUUGAGGGAAAAUGUGUUAGGUCUUCAUUCGACAGUCCAGAAUCUUGAAAAUAGUAGCUCUUCUUCCGCUUCACAGGGUACAUCUGCAAAGGACGGUGCUUCUGAAAAUGAAGAGUUUAAAUCUCAAAUUGAAGAGGCCUAUAUGUUAGUGGAAAAAUUAAUGGCGGAAAAUGCUGAACUUGUUGAGAAGGUCCACAAGCUAUGUGUUGAGCUGGAUCGAAGAGACACAGAAACUACAGUUUCUGAAGUUACUGGGUCUGAUGGUUUGACUGAAUUUGUUAAACCUGCUGAGCCCGAAUCAUCUGAGGCUACGUCUACAUCUGCCCCGGAGUCGGAUUCAUUAGAAAAGACCUCGGCGGUGAAUGAUAGUAGCGACUCUUUUCACGCCGGACAUGCUGUUGGAGUAAUUCCAAUCUCUUCACUACCUGAUGAUGAUACUGACGAAAUUGUUCAAAUUCCACUGGACGAUAAUGAUGCCAGAGAUCUACAGCUACAGAAUGUCAAGAAUGUGGAAAAUGAUGAUGCUUUGCCAAUAACAGAUGCUCCUCUUAUUGGUGCUCCAUUUCGUCUGAUAUCAUUUUUUGCUAAGUAUGUCAGUGGUGCUGAUUUGAUUGACCAAAAGUCCUCAAACACCAGUAAUUGAUUCUUAAUAGUGGAUUAAAAACGCGGUCAUCAUUUUUAUUUGGCCGUCCAUAACAUAUAACAUACAGUAAACCUCACUCACAUUAGUCAGAAUAUCAAUAUAGGUUGGGCCAAUUUGGGUCAUUUAUAUAUCUGUAUGCCAAUUCUUUGAACAUUAGGAAAUAUUGUAUCAGGAAGGAAUAUAGAGUUUUAUAUUGUAUGUUCUAUACUUCUCAUUGCUUUCAAAA